GCGCCAAACGUCACAACACAAAACAAACGCCGGUUUCCAACGCAACGGUGCGCAUUCCAACCCGCCCGGGAGGUUUUGUUAUCGUGCUUAUUGGCGUGUCCCUGAUGGCUCAAACCCGAUGGGCACACCUCCUAGCCCGUAAACUGUUUCAGUGAAUCCAUUAUCAACACCCCAGAAAGUUCCGUACCUCCGCAGCACCCUUUUGUAUCACGCCCUUUGAAAAACACCACAUCUCCUCCACCGUGUGUCAACAACAUGAGCAAAAAAGACUCGGAAAAUGUGUGCUUCUGGCUGCCGAACCAGACCGCCGGCAAGAUGGACGUACUGACGCCGCACAAAAUGAUCGUCGUGUUUCUCAUCCAGGAGUACCUGCGACUAAAGAAAACAGUCACGGACGGGCAGGCGCACGCCGAGCAGCCGCACCAGAUCGAGGUGAGUGCGGGCGACCGGAAGCGGUUCUGCAUGCUGCUGCUGAAGCUGAUCCAGUACCCCGACCUGCCGUACAAGGAGCUGUACGGGCUGCUGCUCUCCCCGGAGUACGGCGUCCAUCCGGUGCAUCUGGAGGAGUUCAAGAAGCUGAUGAAGCUGCUGAAAACGGUCGGCAUCGAUGUGAUGUUCGAUCUGUACAACGAAAUCGACAAGCUCAUCAUGGACAAUACGGCCAGCUUUCAGAUCGGCAUCGUGGGCCUGUACCUGCGCAAAGUGUUCGUCACGAUGGACCGGAUGAGCUUUCACGAGAUGAAGGACCUUUACCUGGCCACCAUUGCGUACUACGACAAGGGCAUGCACGCGAUCCGGCUCGAGCCGGGGUCGGAUGCGAACUACACCGACAGCGAUAGUUUCCGGCAGCCGCCGCCAAACCAGUACACCCCGAUCGAACCCUCCGACCAUGGAUCGCACUCGGCCAAGUGGUCGGUCAAACAGUCGGAGCUGUUCAUCGCCCAGCAGAGCGCCCUGCUGAAGGAGAACGAAGCGAAGGCACUGCCGCCGAAGGAGCUGCAAACGCGGCUGAACGAAAUCAUCCACGAUCGGCCGCACUGUUCGCAGGCCUACUUUCUCAGCUACAUGAACAACGUGCGGGUGCGCGAGUUCUUCGGUGCGGUGCAUGCGCUGCAGCGCGUGUUCGAUCGCACCCCGUCGGCCGGUGCACCGCCGCCGGCCACCUCGGCGGGCGCAUCGGAAGGAAAGGACUACCAGUACUCCAGCCUAAACCUGGCCAUCCUGCACGCCGAGUUCGGGCACCCGCGGCUGGCCCGGGCCUGUUUGCGCGAGUGCGUCAUGCUGGCGCAGGAAAACGGCGACCCGACCUGUUUGCAGCUGGCCCACGCCUGGCUGUCCCACCUGGAGGGCCACUGUAUGCCGCUGCCGGACAAAACCACCAGCGGCAGUCUCUUCCAUGCCACCUCGCUGCACAUCCUGUCCCACCUGCGGCAAGGGUCGAUUGCGGGCCGCCACCCAUCGGAGCUGUUCGGGCUGCUGAUGGUAAACGAUCUGCUCAACUGUCAGCGCUCGAUGAUGGACCUGGUCGCGACCGGCAUUGCGGAACGGACCGCACUCUGGACGGUGUACGGCAAGCACGAGCAGGCAUCGCUCUGCGCCCAGCUGCUGCUUAACGUCGAGCUCAAAUCGCUCGACAAAACGUACAACGGGAACGGCAUCUGCCAGGUGCUCUGUGCGCUGGUCGUACGGCUGGCACAUCUGGGCGAGUUUGGGCACGCGCUCGUAGUGCUCCAGCACGCCAAGCAACGGUUCCCGCGGUACCCGCAGUCCCGCGACUGGCACCUAACCGACCAUUACGUGAGCGUGCUGCGUGCCCUCUACCGUGGUCGGUUUGCCGAAGCGAACGCCGAAUGUCAGCACCUGCACUCGUACGACCCGCACCUGGCCCUACUCCAGUUCGCGCACGUCGCGCUGGGCAGGCAGGACUUUGGCACGGCGGAAACAUUCCUCGUCCAGCUGCUGGCGGACGAAGCGCUAGCCCCGCUGGUGCGCAUCCGCGCGCUGCUACUGUCCGCCAACGUGCACAUCCACAACGGGCAGGCGAAAGCGUUCAACCAGCUGAACGCCGCCCAAAUGUACGCCCAAAAGUAUCAUCUACAGUACGAGGAGGCGCUGGUGAAUCUGCACCUGGCAUACCUGCUGCUGACGCACCUGCACGCACCGAAGCAAGCGUUCGCUGCGCUGAAAGCCGGCCUGGAGACGAUCCUUGCCAACGGACCGCUUUACGAUCGGGCCCGUGCACUGUUCCUGUUUGCCCGUACGCUCGUCGAGAUGGAGCGACACGGGGCGACAGAUGGGGAGGAGGGUGGGGAGGAGGCCGCCGCCACCGCGGCACAACUGCAGCAGCUCACGACCAUGCUGCCAACGUUCGAGGAAGCGGUCGAAAUGUUCGAAAAGCUCGAAUGCUACAGCAAGGCGAAGGAUGUGUACGUGUACCUGGCGCGGACGUACCACGAGCUCGGUGCGGUCGAGAAGCGCAACCGGUACUCGUACCGGUACCGGCUGCUCGAGGAGCAGUACCCAACGGAGCGCCAGUACCUAAAUGUGUUUCUGUGAACCGCCGACGCGUGCAUUUUGUUGCUCUUACCUUCGGCGACACGCGUACACUCGUCACUCCGUACCGGUGGCCGAGCAGGGGCGAGAAUGGUUCUUCCCGGUAGCCGCUACCCGCCACCCAACGCCACACACGCACCGUUUUGUCACUGUAUCGGGAGGAAAGAGAGAGUUAAAUAAAACGAAAAUGCAUUAGUCACGAGCAA